AUGGCCAUCGGCGUCUAUGCUAGCGCUGCCUGGACGCCCCCUGUCCCAAGCGGCAGUGCGUCCGGCGUAGACUCUGCGUGCCACACUUGCCGUCCAGCACCCCCUAUCGCUGUGCAGACCAUGCCGAGCCGCAUUGACAUGUCGCUCGCCGGCAGCCGCCCAAAGUCGCCGACGCCCGCAAUACCCGCUGUGGUGUCGGCCACGCUGAUCUGCGCCUCGCGUUCUCGCCACACUGCGUCGAUAGGUCAUCUCGCCUUAAGCUGCAAAGUGCUUGCGCUCGAGAUCGGGGUGCAAGGUCCCAAGAUGCCGAUGCUACCAUGGCCUUUCGAAGGACGGCCGCUAGGCAUGGCCUUCCGACGACAUCUUGGGCCCUCGAACAAUCCUCGGCUUCGGCUCGACAAACAAUGGCGCGGUCAACUGGACGGCCUUCCCCUCUUUCUCCCCAGGGCCGGCCGAGUCCGUCUCCCGUUGCACAGCUUUCUGCCCGACACGCCAGACACGCCCGAUCAUCUCUGA